ACUACAGUAAUCAUGGCAGAGGUAGCCCCUGAUCCAUCCCCACUCAUCAUUGGCGGUGGCGGUGAAACCGUAAGACGGCCACUUCCAGAUUCACUCCAUGUGAACGGCGGCGAUGGCACUUACAGCUAUACCAGAAAUUCCUACUUUCAGAGAUUAGCUGCAAAUGUGGUUAAGGAAAGAAUUAAGGGAGCAAUUACAAUGAAGCUUGAUGUGGAAAACCUCUCUUCUACAUCCAACACAAUUUACAUUGCAGAUUUGGGAUGUGCAGUUGGACCAAACGCCUUCGACGCCAUGCAAGAUGUUGUACACUUCAUACAACAAAAGUACACUCUCCAAUGCCCGCAAUCCAACACAACACUCCAAUUCCUAGUACUUUUCAAUGACCAACCCUCCAACGAUUUCAACACACUCUUCACAUCUCUCCCUCGGGAAAGGCCGUAUUACGCAGCCGGUGUGCCGGGCUCGUUUCACCGCCGAUUAUUCCCCGAAUCCUCCAUCCAUUUUGUGCACUGCUCGUAUGCUCUCCACUGGCUUUCCAAGGUACCAGAAGAGUUAUUAGACAAGAAUUGUGGUGCAUGGAACAAAGGGAGGAUUCACUACACCAAUGCACCCAACGAAGUUGUCCAAGCUUAUGCAUCUCAAUUCGCUAAGGACAUGGAGGAAUUUUUGUGUGCUAGAGCAAUGGAGAUUGUGACUGGGGGUAUGAUGACCAUCAUCAUGCCAGGACUUCCCAACGAAAUGCCUUAUUCUCAACUGGCCGCUAGUUUAAUGUAUGAUUUUAUGGCAUCAACCUUCAUGGAUAUGGCGAAUGAGGGACUGGUAAGUGAAGAUGAAGUGGAUUCCUUUAACUUGCCCAUAUACACUCCGUCGCCGGCCGAGAUGGCCUCAGUGGUGGAAAAAAAUGGGCAUUUUAGCAUCGAGAUGUUGGAGUUAACAAAUCCUGCUUCUUUGGUAGGUGGUCCAGUUGAUAUAAAAGCUUGGGUCAUUCAUGUUAGGGCAGCAAUGGAGGGAAUGUUCAUCAAACACUUCAGCACUGAUAUUAUCGACGAAAUGUUUGAUCGAUUGACCAAAAAACUCUUUAUGUUUACUGAACAAGUGGAAUCAGGGUAUAAGGAUCGAACUCAGCUACUCGUUGUUUUAAUUCGAAAAUAAAAGGUGUUGGUCAUACGUACUGGGAUUCCAUUAUUUUUAGUUGAUUUCGAUAUUUUUACUUUGAUUAUUAAAGUAGUUGCAUCUAUAUAUCUUAAGUAAUUUUCAACUUAUGUGCGGAUUAAGUUUUAGCUCAAUUGGUAUGGGCAUUGUUGUCAAUGCAGGAGGAUGUGGGUUUGAGUGCGUUGAAACGCAUUUUUAACUCGUGUUUAAUUUAAUAAAUCUUAAUGUUCAAGAUUAGAUUUGAUAAUCAUGUAUUUAUUUUAUUAUAUUUUUUUAUUCA